UCCGGGAGCAGGUGGAUUCACUUCCGGCACCGGGCAGUGGUACCAUGGCUGCCGUCCUCCGAGCUGUGGCGCGGUCGCCAGGGCCAGCCGCCUGGGGCAGGCCCCUCCACCGGCUGUGCUGCUGCGGUGGGCAGAAUCCCAGGAGGUGGGUGGGAAGCGGGCCGCCCCCCUCCAAGGAGAAGCCACUGGGCCCAGAGACGGAGAAGUUUCAGAUGGUGUACCGGUUCGACGCCAUCAAGGCCUUCGGGUACCUGUCUCGGCUGAAGGUGGCACAGACGGCCCUGACGGUGGCCGCCCUGCCACCGGGCCUCUAUUGCUACUCCCAGGGCCUCAUGCCCUUCAGCUCCUUGUGCCUGGCGGGCGGGGUCGCCGGCUUCGCCCUGGCCAUGUUGUGCUGGAUGAGCCAUUUCUUCCGGAGGCUGGUGGGCAUCCUGUAUGUGAACGAGGCGGGCACCGUGCUGCGGGUGGCCCACCUGACCUUCUGGGGCCGGCGACAGGACACCUACUGCCCCGUGGCCGACGUGAUCCCCAUGACGGAGAGCCCGGAUCGGCCCCAGGAGCUGUUCAUGCGGAUCCAGCAGUACAGUGGGAAACAGACCUUCUACCUCACCCUGCGCUACGGGCGCGUCCUGGACCAAGAGCGGUUCACGCAGGUGUUCGGGGUGCUGGACGCGCUCAAAUGAAUGGCCUGGAGCCCAAGUGGAUGCUGGGAGCCCAGGUGGAUGCCGGGAGGCUCCGGUAGGAAGGCAGAGGGUGUGGGCGGGGUUGAAGGACUGGGUUGGGCUGCCUAGAAACUUAUGCCUGUGCCCCUGGGGUGAGAAAACUCACAAGGUGGACGUUAGUAGCCGGGUUUAGGAAAGAGGCCCCGAGUGCAGAUUCUUCACUGGACUUGCGUGUGGCAUCGAGAUAAUGGCCAGAAGUUUCUGAUAGGUUCUCGGAGAAAGCAAUGACAGGUUUGCUCAAACCAUCCUCUGCUCUGAAAUCGGACAGGUAUGGGGGACUUGUGAUCUGUUAGUUCUCAAAGCCAGGUUAUGAAGUCUCUCAGAACCUUAGUUUUCACGUCUGUAAAGUGGGAAAAAAUCCUCCUGGUCUCCUGGGAUGGUUGGAUGUCACUGCUGAUGCAGAACUGGUGACUCGUUGGAAGGGAUCCCAGGCAACGGGGAGGGAUUUCGCUCGCCCGGUGCUGCGCCUCCUGGUACACCCAGCGGCCGGAGGGGUUGAUCAUUUAGAAUAGCCACAAGGGAAAAACCUUGUUAACUGUGCGAGAUGCUGGAUGUUAACUUACUGUAAUUUUACUAUAUAUAUAUAUGUCAUUAUAUUGUAUAUGUUAAAUAAUACAAUGCUAUAUGCCAAUUAGAUCUCAAAAUUAGAAAAAAAUGGGGAGUAUACCUUACAAAUACAUAAAAACAAAAGGCCCAGAUUAUUUGAUUCUUUUAAAUACUUUUUAUGCAAAAAAAGAAAAUCAGUAAUUGCAAAAUAUUCCACUGAGUGGAUGUAGCUGGUCCUUUUAAAUGAUUUCCAUUUUCCAUUGUUGUAAAGAAUGUGAUAAAGAUCAAAUAUUUGGAGAGGUUUCCUUCCUCUGUGUAGACUGAAAAAUGGCAUUUUGAGAAAGAUGACUUUAUCGUCAAGAUAACAUGAAACACUUUUUUUUUUUUUUUUUUUUGCAUGUGUGUGCUCAGUCGAGUCCCACUCUUUGUGACCCCAUGGGCUGUAACCCUCUAGGCUCCUCUGUCCAUGGGAUUUUCCAGGCAAGAAUACUGGAGUGGGUUGCCAUUUCCUCCUUCAGGGGAUCUUCCUGACCCAGGGAUCAAACCUGGGUCUCCUGCAUUAGCAGGUAGAUUCUUUACCACUGUACCAAGUUAGAUCUUCUUAAUCUACUGUAUUUCACAGAAGCAAGUAAAGCAUAUAAUUCACGAUGGUUUGGGGCUUCCCUGGUGCCCCAGUGGUGGAGUCCGCCUGCCAGGGCAGACGAUUCAGGCUCGAUUUGAUUCCUGGUCCAGGAAGAUCGCACGUGCUGCGUAGCCCCUGGGCCCAUGCGCCACAGCUGCUGAGCCUGUGCUCUGGAGCCUGGGAACCACAUCUACCAAAGCCCACAUGUCCUGGAGCACCUGCUCUGCAAUAAGGGAAACCACCGCAGUGAGAAGCGCAGCUGGAGAGUAACCCCCACUCUCUGCAACAAGAGAAAAGCCUGUACAGCAUCGAAGACUCAGCACAA